AUGGAUGAUGAUUUUCUUAGAGCUUUAAAUAAAUUUAAUGCAAAAUUUUGUUAUAAUAAUAAAAAGAAUUCAAUUAGAGAGAUUAAUGAAACAAAAGAAAAAAGUCAUAAAGUAAGAGAAGUUAGACUAAAUAAGUUAAAAGAAGAUUUGGAAUUACAUUACAUCCACAAUUCUAAUAAUAAAAUAUGUCAAAAAUUUCUAACUCUUCCUCUGAGUAAAAAAUGUGAUAAAUUAAAUAAACACUCCGAUAAAGUGAUAUUACCUGUAUCUAUAUUAAAAACAUUAGAGAAGGGAAGUUACAGUAAUGAAGUGGAGCAUCCUUAUACUUUUAGUAUAAAAAAUUUACAAAAUAAUUAUAUAACUCAUGCAUGUGUUUUAGAAUUUAGUUCAAAUGAAGGAAUUGUCUUAGUUUCAGAAAAUAUAAAAGAGAAUUUAGGAAUAACAGAAACAAAUGGUAUCACAAGAUUAUUAGUAACAUAUGCAAAUUUACCAAAAUGUGAUUUUAUAAAAUUUGAAUCGUUAAAUGAAAAUGUAAGAGAUAUAAAAUUUAUGAAAAAUUUAUUAGAAAAUCAAUUAAGUUUAAAUUAUAGUACAUUGUCAUUAGGUGAUUAUGUACACAUUAAUCAUUUAAAUUUUUAUAUAAGUGAGUUAGAGCCAGAUAAUGCUGUAUCUCUAAUAAAUACUGAUAUAAAUGUAGAUAUAUGUGAAGUAAAAAGUCUAAAUGAACAGAACAUUUCAAAAGAUAAUAAUAAUAAUUUUUAUGAAAUAGUAACCACUGAUACAUUAAUUAAUAGUACCAUUAAAAAUGAAAUGAAAAAAUAUAAAUUUGUAAUUAAUUACAAUAUAUUAGAAUUAUUAAAGAAAGAUAAAGCUAAUAUAAAGAUUUCAUUAAAUUCUAAUAAACUAAGUGAUAUCAAUAUUUUUCUUUCAUUUCCUCCUUAUGAUCAAGUGUCAGAUGUAAUUCAUCACUUAUAUUUUGAUGAUUUCAGUAAAGAGAUUACAAUAAAUAAAGAUAUUAUUAAAAAAUGUUUAAAAAUUCAUUUUAUUUGUUUUUUAAAGGAAGACGAUAAUAAUUUUUUAGAAUAUAUAUUUGAUCAUUUUUUUCCUCAUAUAAUUUAUAUAGCUAUUUCUAAUACUAAUGAAUCGGAACUACAAUAUAGUUUAUCGUUAAAGAUAGAUUAUGAUAUACCACUUAAAGGAGAUAUAGACAAUUAUAAUAAAAUUAAAGAUGAAAUUAAUGAUGAAACAUGUAAUAAGAAUAGUUUAAAUGAAUUGAAGGAAAAUUCUAUGAUCAGUAGUACUUAUGUUAAAUGUGAUAAUUGUUUAAAAGAAAUUUUAGAAAACAAUUUGGAUAUUCAUAAAAUUCAUUGCAUAAAAAAUAUUUCUAUAUGUAAUAUUUGUAAAAAAGUUUUAAAAAAAAAAGAAAUUAUUGAACAUAUUCAUUGUGAUAUAUGUAAUGAAGGAUUAAGUGUGAUUAAUAAAAAUAGACAUAAUUAUAUAUGGCAUACAAAAAUAAAAUGCUUAUGUGAGAAAUAUUUUUAUAGGAAACAAUUUAUUUUUCAUCAAAAAUUAUUUUGCCCCAAAAAAAUAAUAUACUGUAUAUUUUGUAAUAUAUUCACAGAAUCUUCAAUGAAUAUAUAUAAUGAAGAUUACAUUAUUGCUUCUUUUUUUGAUAAAUUUGAUAACAAUGAUUUUUCUGUUAAAUCAAUUGAUUAUUAUUCUCAAUUAAUUUAUAACAAUUUUAAUUAUUUCUUAAAAUAUAUAAACAACACAGAACAUGAAAGAUAUUGUGGUUCAAAAUCAGUUAGUUGCAUAAUUUGCAAAAAUAAUAUAUACCGAAAUAAAUAUAUGUCUCAUUUAAAUUUAAUUCAUAAUAAUGAUAAAAUAAAAUCCUUUAAAAUUAUAAAUGAAAACAUAGAUGUUAAUGAACCUAUUAAUAAUUGA